AUGUCUGAGAAUCAUCAGCUGGUGGUGGCCAAAAUUGUGGCCAUUGUGGUGCUUCUAUUGGUCACAUUGAUCUUUUGUUUUAUCCCCUAUCUGUUGGAUCGCUUUUACAAGUGGACAAAACGCAGCCAGAGCAAUGCUCGAGACUUCCUAGCUGUUCUAUGUUUGCUUAAUUUUGGCGGUGGUGUCCUUAUAGCCACCACAUUUGUUCAUAUGCUGCCGGAGGUGCUGAAAGUGGUGAAUGCUCUACAGGAAUGCAAUAUGCUGGCAUCCACACCAUUCGGCUUACCCGAAGUUCUAAUGGCCACUGGCUUUUAUUUAAUGUACUCCAUUGAGGAGAUUAUGUAUCUCGUGGUGCGGAAGAGGCAGGAACGCAAACAGCAACCAAAGCAAUUGGUGGAAAUAGUUGAGAAGGAUCAGCAACUUGAGAUUGAAGUGAAAGUGGAGGACGAGCAGCAGUCGCAGCCGAUGACGCAGGUGUCGGAGCUGGAGGAACCCAAUUGGUUGCGUGGCCUUGGCAUAAUUGUGGCUCUGUCAUUGCAUGAACUAUUUGGAGGCAUGGCCAUUGGCUUGGAGAUGAGUGUGGAUACCGUGUGGUUUAUGUGUGCUGCAAUUGCCUGCCACAAACUUGUGCUGGCCUUUUGCAUUGGCAUGGAAAUCAUGAUGGCCCACACCAGAUGGCUGAUUGCGGUCAUCUAUCUGGUCAUCUUCUCCAUUGUCACGCCCAUUGGUGUGGGCAUUGGCAUAGCUGUCAGUGAGACGGCCAGUGCUAAUCAGCCCAGCAUUGCGUCGGGCAUUCUACAGGGUAUAGCCUGUGGCACUUUACUGUACGUGGUCUUUUUCGAAAUCGUUGCCAAAAAUCAUGCCGGCUGGCGUGUCUUCCUCUCGUCCCUGGUGGGAUUCGUCCUCAUGUUUGGUCUUCAAAUAGCAAUUGGCGAGGCCUCUGGUAAAAGUCAUUUCGUAUGUCCCUCCUAGAUGGAUAUAUUUACCAUAGAGAAAGUCCGAAUUCUCAGAAUUAUCCUUACUCCAAGUAAGCCCACGAACAAAUCGAAUAUCUUACCAUAUUUUGUAUUGGCUAAUUCAUGUAACGCCCGAAAUAAAAAACAAGAGAUAAAUUAUA